UUGUUUAUAUUUGGGUUUGCGGUGUGGUCCCAUUUCUCACUUAUCUUAAGCACUUAUCAAAGUGGUAGCACUAGCACUACAAAACAAAUGAAGUGUCAGAAGUGUCAGUGCGUCAGUCGUCUGUCACUUUUUAAUUCAACUAAGGUUAUGUUAUUUUUUGAAGUGUAAAUAAGACAUGUCAUUUAUAAAAAUAUAAAAUAUAUACGUGUAAUAAUAUCAAGAACAAAAAGACAACAUGAUCAAUUAUGAAGCAAACAUAUCCUCCUAUGAGACAAUAUCAACGUUGGGUCAGUGCUUUGAAGGCAUGGCUGUGGUUCAUUUGUCCAAACACAUAAAGUCGGGGACUUUAGUUGCAGUUAAACGAUUUAAUAUGGACAGAAUCAAACAGGAGGCUCAUUUAGUUGAAAGAGAAAUCAUUCUAACAAGACAACUUCAACAUCCAAACAUUAUAACAUAUUAUGUAGCAUUUGUUCACUUACAAGAAGUGUGUGUAGUCAGUCCUUUGAUGGCUUUUGGAUCUUGUCGAGAUCUUCUAAACACACACUUUAAUGAUGGAUUUCCUGAAGCGGCAAUAGUUUUAAUUUUGAGAGAUGUGCUUGAUGCUUUAGAGUACAUACAUAAAAAAGGAUUUAUACAUAGGUCAGUUAGGGCUGGCCACAUAUUAAUUUCAGCAACAGGAAAGGCAUAUUUGUCAGGAUUGCGUUACGCCUGUCCAAUUGUUUUUAAUGGAAGAUGGCAAAAACAGAUUCAUUCAUUUCCAGCAAGUACAGCACGAAAUUUGAACUGGUUGAGUCCAGAACUUCUUGAACAAAACUUGCAAGGAUAUAAUCAAAAGUCUGAUAUUUACAGUGUAGGAAUGGUAAUUUGUGAACUUGCCAAUGGAGCAGAACCAUUUGCAGGAGUUGCAACAACUUUAAUGUUAACAGAAAAAGUACGUGGGUGUGUUCCAGAGCUAUUAGAUUGUACUACGAUACCUACUGAUGAAAAUAGUGAUUGUCAUGGUGAUUGUGAUAUAAGUAAUACUGUGGUUAGCAGACGUUUCUCAGACGAUCUACACGAACUUGCUACACUUUGUUUGCAAAAAGAAGCGAUCAUCCGUCCAACUGCUAGUCAACUCCUAACUCAUCCAAUUUUUAAAUUAACAAAAAAGCCUUUAUUUUUGCCUGAUCUCCUUAAACCGGCCAUGCCACUGAGCAGCCGAGUCGCGGCUCAUAUAGACGAAGUGACGAAUUUAGAUGUGGCCCAACAAUUCGCCGACAUGGAACUCUACUCUUGUGAAUGGGACUUCUAGAAAACUUGUAGGUGGAAAUUGUGUAAAUUUAUUUCAGUAUUAUAAAACUGUUACAGUUUAAGUAGAAACACUUGCAAUAAAACAUCUUACAAUUAAA